GACCCCAUCAGAAAUUAUGAAUAGAACAGUCUGCCCAGGGAAACCCCUUGAUCCUCAAUCUUUUGAAUUGUUGACCAAUGGGAGUGUUUUUAUUAUUCAGUCCGAGACUUUGAUAUCACCAGAUGAAUUUAUGUUGUUGGGAAAUACUGUUUAUGUUUGCGUUAAUGAAAGUGCAUUUGAAGAGAAACAGGUUGGGGUUUGGAAAUUUGACAACACAAUGGGUCUCCUGACAAUUAUAUGUUCAGCUCUCUCUUUAGUUUGUCUUGCAAUAAGACUUUUAUUGCAACCAAUGGUACCUCUGUAUCAAAAUUUCCCAGGAAAGUUACAAUUCUCCCUUGUGUUGGCAUUAUUCUUUGCAGGAGUCUUCUUUUUGAUUGGGCCAAACUGCACCCACAUAAAGGCUCUUUGUAGUGCCCUAGGUGUAUUGAUUCACUGGAGUUACCUUGCAGCUUUCUCCUGGACAGUCAUCAUUGCAAGGGACAUGUAUAUGCUCUUUGGACCAUCUAGUUUUUCUAGAUCUUCAGAGAGAGGUGUUGAUGUAUUCAUCAUGUAUUCAAUCUUUGGCUGGGGGGUUCCCAUUAUAUUAGUGGCUAUUGCACUUGGACUUGACUUUUCAGACAUUGACCCCUUAUACAAACCAAUGUAUGGUGCAGAAGGACUCUGCUGGAUCACACAAAGGUAUGCCUUGAUCAUAUUUUUCACAUUGCCAAUUGCCCUAACCAUCAUCAUAAAUGUUGGGCUUUUCAUUCCCACUGCAAUCACACUUUGGAAAUCCAUGUCCAAAAGGGCACAAACAACUAACUCUAAGCAGGAAUAUCCUCUAGGGAUUUACACUAAGUUGUUUUGUCUCAUGGGGUUCACGUGGAUCUUUGCCUUCAUAGCUCCUUAUAAUGUUGCAUUCUGGUACAUUUUCAUUGUACUUAACUCGAGUCAAGGGGUAUAUAUCUUUGUGGCAUUCGUUUUAACAAAAAAGGUAUGGAUUUCACUCAGCUCUAAAAGAGGCCUCAAUAAUGGUACUUCUAACACAAAAACAACAAUGGUGUCUGCAAGUAGCAUUCAAAAUUUGAAUAAAAUGCAAGAAACAACUGAAAUGGAAAACAUAUCCCAACCUGUGAGUGUUGAAAAUGUAUCAAUGAAUUUAUAAAGAGGUAGAGCAUGACAAAAUAUCUUAAUCAUAAAAUACCAGUGUCCCGUGUAAAGUUUGAAAAUAUGUUUUUAUCAUUCAUUUACUAUUUGUUAUAACCUUAUCUUUAAAAGUUAUUUUAGAGAUAAAAUAAAUUGCUAGUUUUUCAUUACUCAAAUAUUUCACCAUACAGUUCAAAAAAAAAAUUCAAUAUUUCAAUAAUAAAAUGCCAUAUCUAAUGUGCCACUUUAAUGUUUUAGCUUAUCAAAAAUAAUUUGCAACCUAAGUGAUGUCAUCAUGACUCACUCAGUUGGUCUAAAUAUGCUGAACUUCAAAAAUAAACCAAAGUUGACUGUCUAACUAGGUUAAAAGGAUGAAUUUAUUAUGUUUUAGAUAUCAUUGUACCAUUGGUUUCUAUGAGAAAUAAAAUUUUGAAAUGCAUUUUUCUCUGAACGAUUUUCAUGCAUGGAUGAAUUCAUUUCAUUUAAGACAGGUUGAAAAAAAAACUUAACUAACAUUUCAUUGAUACUGCAAUAUCAGCAAGGCGACUAAAACUAAAAUAUAUCUUCAAUUAGGGUGGCGGACCAAUUGAACUCCCUUUUUAGAUCAUAUAUAAUCCAAGUUGAAGGAGUUGUUACAUUAUAUUAUUACUAAGAACCCUUGGCACUAUAUAACUGCAAAAUUUGGGGUAUAUAGGUUGGAAAAUAAAAAAGUUGUAGUGUCUUGAAAAAAAGUGGCGUUUUUUUGGCCCACCAUGUAUAUAUAUAUCUAAUUGUACAUAAAUUACACUGUACCUGUGCAUUAAUCACUAAGUUUGCAUAUAAAAAAAUGCAGAAUUUGU